GGACAGACCCAGCAGCACCCAUCUGAGCGAGAAGAGCAGACACCGUGCUCCUGGAAUCACCCAGCAUGUUGCAAGGUCUCCUGAGAGUUAGUCUCCUCCUCUCUGUUCCAGUGAGUGCUAUAAAAGAACUCCCUGGGGUGAAGAAGUAUGAAGUGGUUUAUCCUAUAAGACUUCAUCCACUACAUAAAAGAGAGGUCAAAGAGCCAGAGCAACAGGAACAAUUUGAAACUGAAUUAAAGUAUAAAAUGACAGUUAAUGGAAAAAUUGCAGUGCUUUAUUUGAAAAAAAACAAGAACCUCCUUGCACCAGGCUACACAGAAAUAUAUUAUAAUUCCACUGGAAAGGAGAUCACCACAAGCCCACAAAUUAUGGAUGAUUGUUAUUAUCAAGGACAUAUCAUUAAUGAAAAGGUUUCUGACGCUAGCAUCAGCACAUGUAGGGGUCUAAGGGGCUACUUCAGUCAGGGGAAUCAAAGAUACUUUAUUGAACCUUUAAGCCCCAUACAUCGGGAUGGACAGGAACAUGCACUCUUCAAGUAUGACCCUAAUGAAAAGAAUUAUGACGGCACCUGUGGAAUGGAUGGUGUGUUGUGGGCCCAUGAUUUGCAGAACAUUGUCCUACCUGCCACCAGGCUAGUAAAAUUGAAUGACAGGAAGGUUCAGGAACAUGAGAAAUACAUAGAAUAUUAUUUGGUCCUGGAUAAUGGUGAGUUUAAAAAGUACAAUGAGAAUCAAGAUGAGAUCAGAAAGAGGGUGUUUGAGAUGGCUAAUUAUGUCAACAUGCUGUAUAAAAAGCUCAAUACUCAUGUGGCCUUAGUUGGUAUGGAAAUCUGGACUGACAAGGAUAAGAUAAAGAUAACCCCAAAUGCAAGCUUCACCUUGGAAAAUUUUUCUAAAUGGAGGGGAAGUGUUCUCUCAAGAAGAAGGCGUCAUGAUAUUGCUCAGUUAAUCACAGCAACAGAACUUGCUGGAAUGACUGUGGGUCUUGCGUUUAUGUCUACAAUGUGUUCUCCUUAUCAUUCUGUUGGCGUUGUUCAGGACCACAGUGACAAUCUUCUUAGAGUUGCAGGGACAAUGGCACAUGAAAUGGGCCACAACUUUGGAAUGUUUCAUGACAACUAUUCUUGCAAGUGUCCUUCUACAAUAUGUGUGAUGGACAAAGCACUGAGCUUCUAUAUACCCACAGACUUCAGUUCCUGCAGCCGUGUCAGCUAUGACAAGUUUUUUGAAGAUAAAUUAUCAAAUUGCCUCUUUAAUGCUCCAUUGCGUACAGAUAUCAUAUCCACUCCAAUUUGUGGGAACCAGUUGGUGGAAAUGGGAGAGGACUGUGAUUGUGGGACAUCUGAGGAAUGUACCAAUAUUUGCUGUGAUGCUGAGACAUGUAAAAUCAAAGCAAGUUUUCAAUGUGCAUUAGGAGAAUGUUGUGAAAAAUGCCAAUUUAAAAAGGCUGGGAUGGUGUGCAGACCAGCAAAAGAUGAGUGCGACCUGUCUGAAAUGUGUGAUGGUAAAUCUGGUAAUUGUCCUGAUGAUAGAUUCCAAGUCAAUGGCUUCCCUUGCCAUCACGGGAAGGGCCACUGCUUGAUGGGGACAUGCCCCACACUGCAGGAGCAGUGCACAGAGCUAUGGGGACCAGGAACUGAGGUUGCAGAUAAGUCAUGUUACAACAGGAAUGAAGGCGGGUCAAAAUACGGGUACUGUCGCAGAGUGGAUGACACACUCAUUCCCUGCAAAGCAAAUGAUACCAUGUGUGGGAAGUUGUUCUGUCAAGGUGGGUUGGAUAAUUUGCCCUGGAAAGGACGGAUAGUGACUUUCCUGACGUGUAAAACAUUUGAUCCUGAAGACACAAGUCAAGAAAUAGGCAUGGUGGCCAAUGGAACUAAGUGUGGUGAUAACAAGGUUUGCAUUAAUGCAGAAUGUGUGGAUAUUGAGAAAGCCUACAAAUCAACCAGUUGCUCAUCUAAGUGCAAAGGACAUGCUGUGUGUGACCAUGAGCUCCAGUGUCAAUGCGAGGAAGGAUGGAGCCCUCCCGACUGCAAUGACUCCUCAGUGGUCUUCCGUAGACUUCUCCAUUGUGGUUGGGGUGCUGUUCCCAAUGGCGGUCAUUUUUGUGGUGGUUGCUAUAGUAAUCCGGCACCAGAGCUCCAGAGAAAAGCAGAAGAAAGAUCAGAGGUCACUAUCUACCACUGGCACCAGGCCACACAAACAGAAGAGGAAACCCCAGAUGGUAAAGGCUGUUCCACCCCAAGAGGUGAACUAUAUAGUCUAGGCUAUGAUUACCAUGGCCCCACUUUGCGUUUCUCUCACACUCUUAUCCUGACUACCUAUCAUUUCUACCCCGCAGCGUUUUGCAAUUACACAUUCAGAAAUGUCUCCUUUGCCUUUUGUUAAAUGCAAAAGAGUCCUUUGCCGGGGUUCAUGAAAUACAAACAGAAUAAAGAGAACAAAGAAGGCACAUACCAGAUGUCUGUCUGUCUCUGGCUCUCUCUCUCUCUCUCACACACAGACACACACACACACACACCCUCUUGCUCUGACUCUAGGUUAUUUCUUUGCAAAUUGACCAAUAGAUAACAAAAAUAUCUAUGUCUGUAUGAUAAUACAUGUAAUAUUUAUAACCCAAAUGUCCUACUCAUGUCCUGUAAAUUUAAAGAUUUUAGCUGAAGUUGUUUAAUAACUUCAUUUUUUGAUGAAAACUUUUCAUUACAGCUCUGGGAAAUACUUCUGUGGAAUACGCCAGCUGGACCACUGUGAUUUUCUAUCUGGUCUCUUGGUGUCAGCUUAGUUCCAAGUUUCCAUGUCUUGAAAAGUCUGCUUACUUAAAAACUGUGCUUAUGAAACUAAUGGUUCAUUUUGAAAUAUUUGUUCUUUUCAGAUGAGUCAGAUGAAGCCCCAUGUGUAUGAUCUGCCAGUAGAAGGCAAUGAGCCCCCAGCCUCUUUUGUGAGUUAGCAACUUCUCUUAAAUAUCACCCUAGUUCAAUCUCCAGGAAAUAUUGGUGAAAGUCAUAGCCCACAACACUUCAUUAUUUCUUCAGGACAAUAUUGAAAUCUACGUGAAUAUUAAUAUAAAAUACAAAUUCUGCAAAAUAUUUUGAAAAUAUAAAAUAUGAACAUGUAUGCCACUCCAUGCCAACUUGUGACAAGAGGAGGACAAAUCUGCCUAAUUAAUAGAGUACCACUGUUUUUAUCAGCUCAGGCUGCUGUAACUAAAUUAGCAUAGACUGAGUGGCUUAAACAACAGAUAUUUACUUCUCACAUUCUGGAGACUGGGAAGUCUAAGUUCAAGGAGCUGGCAGAUCCAGUGUCUGGUGAAGCAGCCUUCUGGCUUGUAGACAGCUGCCUUUUUAUUGUAUCCUCAUAUAGCAGAGGGAGAGCAUCUCUCUUCUGCUUCUUCUUAUAAGGGCAUUAAUCCUAUCAAGAGAGCUGCACCCUCACGACCUCAUUAUUUCCAAAAGGCCCCACACCUCCAAAUACUACCAUUCUGGGGAUUAGGGUUUCAACAUAUGAAAUUGUGGGGUGACACAAACAUACAGUUUAUAGCAAUCAUCUUUAUCAGAUAUCUAUUGACAUUGGACUUAGGUCUCAACUGUGUAUGUGCAACUAAAUGAAAGCAAUCAAACUCAUAUGUUUGUUUACAAUAUUCUCAUGGGUGGGGUCAUGGCUUCUCCAUUUCUGAACUCAUUUAAGCCUUUUCUUUAUACACACUUAUUUUCAGGACCCUAUCUUUGAAUUUAAAUAUUUUAUCCUUUUACUAGUUAAUUACAAAGCCAGAUUUUCCACCACCGCCAAUUCCUGCACCUAUAUCAUCUUCUUUCCUUGUAAGUAUCAGAUAGUCAUUGGUG